AUGAAGAAAAUGCUUCUCAAAUUAGUUUUGCUCUGUUUGUGGCAUCUGGCUGGUGUGUUUGGUGACGAAGUGAAGUCAGUGCGAGAGAGAACAUCAGUCACUCUAAACUCUGGUCUUACUGAAAUAAUGGAUGGUGAUGUGAUUCAGUGGAGGUGUUUUAACACUUUAAUUGCUGAAAUCAGUAAACAGCCUAAAGGAAUCACUGAAUUUUAUGACACUCUUCAUGUGAGAUUCAGAGACAGACUGAAGCUGGACAAUCAAACUGGAUCUCUGACCAUCACAAACACCAUAAUUGAACACUCUGGACGUUAUGAACUACAGACCAACAGUGUGAGAAAGAGUUUCAAUCUCACUGUCGUUUCUCGUCUGCCUGUUCCUGUCAUCAGCAGAAACAAUUCACAAUGUUCAUCAUCAUCAUCUUCAUCACAGCAGAAUUGUUCAUUGUUGUGUUCAGUGGUGAAUGUGGGUCAUGUGACUCUCUCCUGGUACAAAGGAAACAGUUUAUUGUCCAGCAUCAGUGUGUCUGAUCUCAGCAUCAGUCUCUCUCUACCUCUGGAGGUGGAAUAUCAGGAGAAAAACAGCUACAGCUGUGUGAUCAACAAUCCCAUCAGAAACCAGACUCAACAUCUGGACAUUAACAAGUUCUGUCACUCAUGUUCAGACUCUGUUCACUGUUGUGGUUCUACUGAAGCUGUGAUCCGAUUGGUCCUCUCUGCUCUGGUGGGCGUGGCUACUGUCAUUAUUCUGGUUUAUGACAUCAGAUCCAGAAGAGUUGAACAAUAUCAUGCACAUCUUCACACAUCAGGAAGUAUUGAAAUCUAA